AAUGCAUGGGUGACUUCCAACAGUGAAGAAAACUAUUGGGGGAGAAUUGUAAACACACGUUUUUCUAUAAGUAGAAGACGAAACAAAACCCGUAUCGAAGGUUGCCCGACGCCGAAGCUACCAUCUUUUUACAUCUCUGCAGUCGACACACACACACACAGAGUGAGGAACGAACAGGAGCUUGAAUAUCCUUUCUUCCGGUUGCUUUUAAUGGCGACAGUAGCUUCUGGUGCUUUGGUUACUUUGGAAGAGCUGGUUCCAUCUUCGCCAUACUUUAAACACGGGGUCUCUCUUCGCGUUACUGGAAAGCUACAAGACUAUAAUGUGGGGACUGCUGUUGCUGUGAUUGUUGAUAGGAAUGCGUCAUUAGAAAUUGACACACGGCACUUGAAUCUCAAUCUUCGCGUUGGUUCCAUCUUCCAAUUUAUUGGAGAACUGCAUCUUGAACCCGGUCAUGAGGCCAUUCUAAAGGCACGAGUUGGACGAAAUGUAGAUGGAAUGGAUCUCAAUCUCUAUCGUCAGUCUCUGCAGCUUUUGAGAGACUUUCAAGCUGGGCAGUUGAAUAGCUGAAGGAUUUAUUAUUAUUGAUAAUAAUCUUCCAAAAGUAAGGCUUCAGAAUGUGGAGAAUGACUCUUACACCUUUAUUUUCCUUCAUUUCAUUUCAUGUUUGUUUUUAUUUCACUGAUUUUUUGUAAUUAAACAAUAUUUAGAGGUUGAUCAUAUUGUUAGCAAACUGCAUAAUGAUUAUUAA